GUGUGUAGUCAUGCGGACUGUCCCCAGUUGUGUGUCGUGACCAAUGGGGCUGCUUCAUGCACGUGCUAUGCCGGAUACAGUCUCGGACAGGACAACAGAACCUGUACGGAUAUCGACGAAUGCCAGGGCAAGAAAAAAAUCUGCAGCCAUUUGUGCAAAAAUACCGCAGGAGGCUUUCAGUGCUCCUGUUUACCUGGCCACAAGCUGGUCUCAGAUGGAAAGACGUGUUUACGUUGUCCUAACGGUUUCUAUGGCCAUAAGUGUAACCAGGUGUGUCGAUGCAACGGACAGGGCAGGUGUGACCCUGCAAGGGGCUGCGUGUGCUUCCCUGGGUGGGAGGGCAGCAACUGCGACAAGGAUGUGAAUGAGUGCGACAGAAAGCUGGACAAUUGCUCGUCCAGACAAGUCUGUCAGAAUUCUUUUGGAGGCUUUUCCUGCACUUGCCAAAGAGGUUUUGAAAGGACCACAAGUGGAGCAUGCAAAG